AGAAAACUGACCUCCCAGCAUGUUACUCUGUACAAAGAGAGGAUCUAAGGGAACAGGAUUGCAACGUAAAAGGACAGAAAAGCAAUCAACCAUCUGCUUGCAGCAAAUGAAUGUAGAUCCUUCAGAUGAUGAAGCUAUUGAGAAAGCAAGUGACAACAGGACAGCAACACAUCAGGAUUCAGAUUCCAAACCUGCUGUGACGAAGAAAAGAAAGCAGCCUACAGAGUGUUUUCUAAGUCAGCCUGAAGAAAAACAAGAGAGCACUGUAAAGGCAAAGAGGAGAAAGAAGAAGAAAAUUUCUGAUAUUCUGGAAAAAUCUGCUCCAAAACCUGGCGUCCCUGCAGAUCUACAAAAUCUGCUUAGUCAACAUUUUGGUGAAAACCGUUCAGUGAUUGAAAUAGAGGAAUUAAAGCUGUCAGAUUCCUGUUUUUUGCCAGCCAAUGAUCUCACCCACAGUUUUUCUUCAUACCUGAAGGAAAUCUGUCCUAAAUGGGCAAAACUCCGUAAAAACCACAACGAGAAGAAGUCGGUGGUGAUGCUGGUUAUCUGCAGUUCUGCCCUUCGUUCCUUGGAACUCAUCAAGUCAAUGACAGCAUUUAAAGGAGACUGCAGAGUUCUCAAGUUGUUUGCAAAGCACAUAAAGAUAAAAGAACAGGUGAAUAUGUUGGAGAAAGGCGUGUUCCACAUCGGGGUCGGAACUCCUGGGAGAGUAAAAGCGCUAGUGGAGCAAGAUGGCCUGUGCUUGAACUCCACAAAAUAUAUGAUUCUGGAUUGGAACUGGAGAGAUCAAAAACUAAGGAGAAUGAUGGAUAUCCCUGAGAUGGUUGUUCUACCUGUUCCCGGGAAGUCUCUCAGUAAGAGAACUUUGUGCAAAAGUUUCCUCAAAAACGAACUAAAACUUUGGAGAAGCAUUUAUUUGCCUCUAUAUGAGAGUAAGAUAAAGAAAGAAACAAUCGACCUACUGGAGAUGUGUAUUAUAAAGCUGUGCAGAGAGGGGUCUGUGAAGCUGGGACUCUUUUAAUAGUUUUACCAACAAGGAAGUCGUUUGCAGCUGCAUUUUACUAUUAUCCUGUCUGCAAUUGGCAAGUGAUUAAUGGGUGAUGGAAUUAAGAAUUUUGACUUUUCAGAGGUCUAUCAAUACAGAAAGAAUGCACAUUGCAACUUUUUGUGAGUUUCCUUUUAAUAAUAAACCAGAAGUUUUGUUUGUAGCUUUAGUAUGAUUUUUAUUGCAGGAGCAAUGUGAUAUUGAAAUUAGAGGCACAUUGCCUUCACCUGCUAGUUUUACUACUAUGUCACUUUUAAGACUUUGAAGAUGAGCAAACUUGGGUGUGAAAGUCUUUGUACAAUCCAGUUCUCUGUUAUCUCCCUCUGCUGUCCCCAACAAGACCUUUACUGCUCUCAUGAGAGUGAUAAUCUAGUUCUUGCCUUAGAGGAUCUUUGAAAAUGUUGUAUGAAUUUCAGUAAUUUGUCAAAAAGGUAUUUUUCACUCAUCUGUUCUAGAGCUGGCCAAAUACAUGAUAAAUUAUCUGUAUAUUGAGACUUUAUUUUGCUUAAAUUGUUGAAGUGUGCAAAAAAAUAUUCUUUUGUUUGUUCAUUUAAAUUAAAAGGCAAUG